UUAAUGACUGUGUGUAUUGUCAUCUUCCUCCCGCGUUUCCAACUGAAUCAGCAUACCCACACUAAAGUUUGUUAAUGCCAAUGGACCGAGCAGCCAAGCUCUCGAAAGCCAUUUACCUUAAUUCUAACAAUCCUAACCUAGCAUGGCUUCUCUUCAAGCGAAUCCUCUCUUCCCCGAUCCCCGCUUCUUCUUCCUUCUUCAAGCCCUCUCUUCAAUCUGUACCCGCUAUUGCCCGUAUCCUCAUCACUGCAAAAAUGCACCCACAGAUCGAUCACCUUCACCAACUCCUCUUGUCGCAGCACCGGGACUUUGCUCAUCCAUCUGGAUUUUCACUUGUUCGAACGUUGGCUGAUUUGGGUCUCCUUGAAAACGCCAUUUCUCAGUUUCGAUCGCUUCGAGACAGGUUUCCUCAUGACCCUCCUCCUAUUUCUUUCUAUAAUCUUCUGUUUCGGUGUUCUUUGAAGGAAAGCCGUGUUGAUUGUGUGAUUUGGCUAUAUAAGGAUAUGGCUGUUGCGAGAGUUAAACCACAAACUUAUACUUUUAAUUUGCUGAUAAGUGCGCUUUGCGAAAUGGGGUACUUGGAGAAUGCACGAGAAGUGUUUGAUAAAAUGUCUGAAAAAGGGUGUAAGCCUAAUGAGUUUAGUCUUGGGAUUUUGGUUCGUGGGUAUUGUAGAGCUGGUCUCCAUUCUCAUGGGAUUGAUCUUUUGGACGAGAUGAGGAGCUCUGGUGCUUUGCCUAAUAGGGUUGCGUACAAUACUGUGAUAUCUUCUCUCUGUGGAGAAGGUCAGACUGUGGAGGCUGAGAAAUUGGUGGAAAAGAUGAGAGAGGUUGGUCUUUCUCCAGAUAUUGUAACUUUCAAUUGUAGAAUUGCUGCCCUCUGUAAAUCUGGGCAAAUUUUAGAAGCUUCCAGAAUUUUUAGAGAUAUGCAAAUAGAUGAAGAGAUGGGGUUACCGAAGCCUAAUACCGUAACAUAUAAUUUAAUGCUAGAAGGAUUUUGUAGUGAAGGAAUGUUCGAGGAAGCUAGGGCUAUUUUUGAUUCUAUGAAAAAUUCUGAAACUCUGAGCUUGAGAAGCUAUAACAUAUGGAUGUUAGGAUUGGUUAGAAGUGGAAAGCUCCUUGAAGCUCAUUUAAUUCUUAAUGAGAUGGCAGAAAAGAAUAUAAAACCCAAUCUCUACUCCUACAACAUUUUGGUACAUGGACUUUGUAAAUAUGGAAUGUUUUCUGAUGCAAGAUCUAUAUUAGGCCUAAUGAGAGAGAGUGGUGUUGCUCCAGAUACUGUAACUUAUAGUACCUUACUGCAUGGAUACUGUAGGAGAGGAAAGAUACUUGAAGCCAACUAUGUUCUUCGUGAAAUGAUACAGGUUGGUUGCUUUCCCAAUAUGUAUACUUGUAACAUCCUACUUCACAGCCUGUGGAAAGAGGGGAGGGCAUCAGAGGCGGAAGACUUGCUGCAAAUGAUGAAUGAAAGAGGUUAUGGGUUGGAUAAUGUAACUUGUAAUACAAUGAUUAAUGGCCUCUGUAAAGCUGGGAAUCUGGACAAAGCUAUUGAAAUAGUGAGUGGCAUGUGGACACGUGGAAGUGCUUCUCUUGGUAAUCUAGGGAACUCUUUUAUUGAUCUUUUUGAUAUUCGUAAUAAUGGGAAGAAGUGUUUGCCAGACUCGAUCACAUAUGCAACCAUAAUAGGUGGAUUAUGUAAGGUAGGGCGGGUUGAUGAAGCAAAAAAGAAGCUUCUGGAGAUGAUUGGGAAAAAGUUAUCUCCUGAUUCACUAAUAUUUGAUACUUUCAUAUAUAAUUACUGUAAACAAGGUAAGUUAUCGUCUGCUUUUAGAGUUCUCAAAGAAAUGGAGAAAAAAGGUUGCAACAAGAGCCUUCGAACAUAUAAUUCACUGAUCCAGGGUUUAGGUAGUGAAAAUCAAAUAUUUGAAAUAUAUGGAUUGAUGGAUGAGAUGAAAGAAAGAGGAAUUUUUCCUAACGUGUACACUUAUAAUAACAUUAUUAGCUGCCUAUCUGAAGGUGGGAAACUCAAAGAUGCCACUUGUCUUUUGGAUGAAAUGCUGCAGAAGGGGAUAUCUCCUAAUAUAUAUACUUUUAGGAUUCUAAUUGGAGCUUUUUUCAAGGCUUGCGACUUUGGAGCCGCCCAAGAAUUAUUUGAGAUAGCUUUAAGCCUAUGUGGCCAUAAGGAAUCCUUGUAUAGUUUUAUGUUCAAUGAGCUACUAGCUGGAGGUGAAACAUUGAAGGCUAAAGAGCUUUUUGAAGCUGCAUUGGAUAGAUCUUUAGCCUUGAAAAAUUUUCUUUAUAGGGACCUGAUUGAAAAACUUUGCAAGGACGGAAAGUUAGAUGAUGCUAGUUUCAUUCUUCAUAAGAUGAUGGAUAAACAGUAUAGUUUUGACCCUGCAUCAUUCAUGCCAGUGAUUGAUGAAUUGGGUAAAAGAGGGAGCAAGCAUGCAGCUGAUGAAUUUGCAGAAAGGAUGAUGGAAAUGGCUUCAGAAACAGAUUUCAACGAACAUGAGAAUAAGAAUAUUCGUGGAAGAUUGAAUAAUAAUGAUGAAAGUGAUUGGCAAAAGAUAGUUCACAGAAACGAUGGCAGUGGGAUUGCACAGAAAACUCUUAAGCGUGUGUUAAAAGGCUGGGGUCAAGGAAGUAUUGCAACUUCCCAGCCACAGAAAUUUAGCACACGUGAUCACUGGGAUGGUGAUGCUUAAAGUUUUUCAAUUUCUUGAGGGACAGGCAAACAUGAAAACAUGCUAAAAUCUGCUGAGGCAUUAAAUUUUCUAGGGACAUCAGUUCAUCAGUUUUUCAGUUCGUUGAGAAGAAAAGGAACAUUAUGAUUAAAGUACAGAAGCCCUGAGAUUUUGUUAUACAUUGUGGAAAGUGGAAACUCCACCAGCAUUUCGUAGUUUCACUGUGUCAGCUUAGAGCUAUCAGAGAGCAGUCUGGAUGGGUUGCUAGUGCCAAUUGAGCUUUUUAAAGUUUGCUGAAAAAUCCAUUGGAUGCAGAGACUGAUUUAGUUUGUCUAGGAGAUAGUCUUUAUAUUUCCUUAUACUCUUCAAGGUCUGCAUCACAUGUCAAGAUAACUCAUUUCCUACUAUUGUCGAGAUACCCAAUAUCAACUCUUGUAUUAGUCGCCGGGCAAACUCUUCAGCCACCAUGUAAGGAAGGUAAACUAUUAGGAUGUUCUCCAAAUGACGGGAAGCUUUCAGAUCUCAGAAUCUUUGGGUCCUCUUGACAUGGAGCAUUAAUACAUGUCCACCAUUUGAGGUGUUAAUAGUGGUGGCAGUUGGUAUGUUGCCUUGCUCCGGUAGGGCACUGACUGCCUGAACCAGAAGUCUGAGUACAUGAAGAGAAUGGGGACUUUGCAUGGGGUCGAUGGCUGAACGAGCCAUUGCCAACUUGAUAGUUUAUUGCCUCUGAUGGUCUCUCACCAUCGUGGAUGAACAAUGGUCAGUAUCAGGAAAACUGGGAUUGUUCAAUUGUGGGAAGCUUUCAUAGAAAGUCCCAAUCUGUAUCGAACCAUCAGCACCUUGAACUGAGUCGACCACGAGCUGGAGUUUGCUGAGAGAAUAAUGACCUACUUUCUUGAUCUUUCUGGAAGGGCACCUUGUUAUCCAUGUUGCCUGCAUAUCCACUUUAGAGAAGUUGAACAAACUGCAAAAACAGGAAGUUCAAGCAGCCAAUGGUUAGGUAGCUUAGUUUGUACAUAAAUAGUUACUUGAAAACAAAAACCAUAUAAAAAAAACUGUGGCGGACUCGUGCAUUCAUUAAAAAUUGUCAAGUCUCAGAUUCAAGGUUUUCUUUUGCUUUUUAACAACAUUGCAUGGUGAAUGGAGAAAGAAGACGGUUAUCCCGUUGGCUCAAAGAAAACUUUGAAAAAUUCAACUUGUUUAGUGAGUACAAUCCAUGGCAGACCAGCAUGGCCUAACAGGGGUGUGUUUGUGUGUGUAUUUCAUAUUCAAACUAGUUUUUCUGUCUAAAUCAAGGCAUUUAUGGUAUUGUAAUGGAUGCCUAGCAUGAGACUGAAGAAUCGGAAUGGUGAAGGUGUGUGAACUCAUUCAACUGAUCAUCAACAAAAGAUUAGACAGUUUUUGUUAUGUA